AUGGCCGAACCUACCGUUGUCUUCAAGCGAACUAAGUCCAAACAUGCGCAACGAGCGCGCGUAUCCACACCGGAUCCGGAUGCAGCAUCUGCCAAUGGAGGGAAGGCUGAGGAGGAGGUAGAAGAGUCAGUGACAUCUAUUGCUGCCAAGUUGAAGAAGAGGUCCAAAACGCGUGCAAAGCCAAAGACCGCUCUAAGCUUCGGUGGGGAAGAAGAGGAGGGCGGCGAGACAUUCAAAGUCAAGAAGGGAGCAUUAAGCAAGAAUCUGAUGUUGUCGAAGGGUGUAGGAACUGCACUGCCUGAGCUUGAGAUUCCGCGACAUCCCACUGGACCUACCUAUGACGCGGCAUAUCUGUCCCAGCUCAAGGCGAGCACUCCUACUGCUCGUCCUGCUCUACCCACCGAUGCGUAUGAUGCGGAUGUCUCCAUGGAUGUGGACUCGUUUGCGCACCUCUCAGCUCUGAGUGCCAUCCCGGACGAUACAGCCGAGACAGCUAUUCCUUCUGCUUCGUCCAUCCUUGCAGCGAAGCAGAAGCGUGAACGUCUGCGCGCCAACAAGGGCGGCGAUGACUACAUCUCCCUCUCGCUUUCCAAACGGGAUGAUUUCUCACAAGGACCGCACCCAGAGAGCAGGCUGGUGAGGGAAGAAGACGAGCUUGGCGACGCUGACGAUGAAUUCGCCGAGUACACCAGCGCAAAAGAACGCAUCGCUCUAGGAAAAAAGUCAAGGAAGAAAGAAGCACAGAAGCGCCGAGAAGAAAUGAACGAGAUGAUUGUGGAUGCGGAGGAUGAAGAUGAAGAGACCAAAGAAUGGGAGCAAGAACAGCUCCGGCGUGGUGGGCUGCGCGCACAGGCAAUAGAACCAGUCGCGAAACCAGUGUACAAACCUGCACCAAUACCUCCUGUUACUCCAAUACCCACUAUGGGCGCUGCCAUCGCCCGACUAACACAGAGCAUGAGCGAACUGACAACGUCGCACGCACAACAUUCUACCUCCCUAACCAAACUUGGCGAAGAGCAACGCAUUCUCGAACAGCGAGAGAAAGAGAUGCGCGAGAUGAUCGCGAAAGCAGAGGAGAAACGCAGCUGGUUCUCCGCCUUCCGGGACUGGAUCGAGAGCGUAGCAACGUUCCUCGACGAGAAGUUCCCCCCUUUAGAGAAGCUCGAGAACGACCACAUCUCGCUCAUCAAAGAGCGCGCCGACAUGAUCGCCCAAAGGCGGCGCGCCGAAGACGCCGACGACCUCGCCCUCUUCUUCGGUACUCCGCCCUCACUCCAGCGCCCUCCCACCGACGAACUCGACGAGCUAGGCCGCGCCGUCCCCUCCGUCAACUCUCCCGCGGCUCGCGCGAACCGCGCCUCCGCCCGCGCGUCUCGGCGCGUCCUUCGUCGAGCCACGAACCAGCAGCGCGCGCAGGAGGAGCAGGAGGGCUACUCGACGGACGCGUCCCUCCCUCCUGCGGACGCGGAAGAUUACCGUAUCGCAAUGGGGCAGCUGCUAGCGGAUGCCAAGGAGAUCAUGGCGGACGUGAAGGCGGAGGAGUUCAAGGACCCGAACGCCGGCUUGGGCAAGUGGUUCGGGGAGUGGAGGACAAAGUUCGGGGACAUCUACACCGGAGCGUGGGGCGGGCUCGGGAUGGUGGGCGCCUGGGAGUUCUGGGUGCGGCUGGAGAUCCUCGGGUGGAACCCGCUGGAGCGUCCAAGAAGCCUCGAUUCGUUCCACUGGUACGGGUCCCUGUACAAGUACUCGCGCCCGUCUGAGGACGACGAAGACGACGAGCCCGAGCUGGGCCCCGACGGCGACCUUGUCUCGGCCAUGAUCACAACAGCCCUCAUCCCGCGGGUCUGCCGUAUCAUAGAGAGCGGAGGGCUCGAUCCAUACUCGGCGAAGGAUAUCAGGCGCCUAAUAGACCUGUCGGAAGAGAUAGAGGUCUCGGUAGACAAGCAGAACCAGAAGUUCGAGCUGCUCCUGAAGUCCGUCUACACCGUCUUCAACACCGCGAUCACAGAGAUCGAGACGACCCUCGCGCCCUUUAUUGAGCUGAACCAGCCUCGCUUCGACCCACAAGCGAUCCCUGCCCGCAGGCGUGUCCUCGCACGACAGUACAAGCUCCUGCGCGACUUGCUCCAGUGGCGGAAGCACGCAGGCGAUCGCUACGGGCUUGGCAACCUCACGACGCGGUUGGUGACAUCUAGCAUGCUCCCCGUAGCCGAGAGCGGAUGGGAGGUCGGCGGCGAGGAGAUGAUGCGCAAGGUUGCGCAGGCCCUCCCGGCGGAGCUCGUGCCUCCGUCGCUCCAAUCGCUGCGCGCUGCAUGA